AAAACAGUUCUGGUUUCGCGUUCGCUCGCAUCGUCUGCGUGCCGUCUGCCGUAAAAGAAGUUCUCGCAAGUGGAGAUUUGCACUCACACGGGUAAAGCCCCGAAACAACGCAGUUGUUGGUGACUAGUCCCUUUUGAAUCCUGUGCCGUCGGUCGUGUUCGUAGCGAGCGCUUCUUGUAUCGUGCUGACUGCUGUGGUACGGGAAGGUGGUGAUCACGGGAUAUCAGUGAUUUAUGAAUUGUUUUUAUAUCGCAAGCAAGUAUAACAACGCGUUUCUGGUGCUACAGGUUGAAGGACAGCAAAGAAGAGGCAAUUGCCGGCCCCUUCACCCCCCCCCCCCCACCAAAUACUUCUGGUGUUUGCAAAGGUGCAGUCCCGAACCACUGGAUAAAUUUAGCUGCGCUAGAAUGGAGGAAAAGAUGGUGCAAGGUGUGCAAGCAAAUGGAUUAUAGUUCCUGUUCAGUGAUGUGCCAGUGAUAGUGUGUAAUUCGAGGAAGAGUAUAACCAAAUUCCAAAAAAGAUUCAAGUCUGAGAAACAAAGUCAGUGCAUCUUUCAACGUCCGCUACCAGCCUGGGUUCCCUCAACCUCAAAUAGAAAUCGUAUGCUGUUAUGGAAUGCUGCUAAGCCGAAAGCUGCGGGAAGUUCAACGUUAAUUGUCAGUCCCCACCCCCCCCCCGGAGUGUGCCACAGUAGCAUCCAACCAGCAUUACGACGGACUGCCAGACAGGCAACAGCAACAGCAACAUGGAGAAAUUAAUCCACUUCGGAAGUUUGUCAAAAUAAACCGUGCAGGAUUUCGGAGCACGGCGCGACGACGAUAGAAAACAAUCGAUUCCAAAUUGAUGAACUGAUUUAUGCAAAUCGAACCGUUCUUUGUCCAUCGGAUCAAUUCGGUUAUCGUUUCGGGAAAAUCACGUACAGUACAAUAAUCAGUUCCCCAUUUUUCGUUGCUCCCCGGUGGGUUUACAUCGCUGGCUAGGGCGGAGAGCCGUGUAUGUGCAAUAAGCUCGUUUAUCGAAUCGUGUGAUAUUUGUGCCGUUUGCAGUACUGCGGAACAGAGAAGCUAGUGUUUGUUUGUGAAUUCUCCGAGUUCGAAAGCAAAAAAAAAAUAAUGCAAGAAAAUAGUGUGACUGCAGUUCCGGUGUCCGGUGCGACCGUUACCGCUUCCGGCAUCACAGGGAACGGAAACCAGACGGCCGGCGGUGGUGGCGGCGGGAGCGGAGGUCACACGUCUUCCAAUAACACUUCCGGACCGACGCCAGUGUCUUCGCCGAGCAACAGCACCAUCAGUGAGAUCGACCAGGCACAGUUCGAGGCGGACAAGCGGGCGGUGUACAAGCAUCCGCUGUUUUCACUGCUGGCUCUGCUGUUGGAGAAAUGCGAACAGGCAACGCAAGGCUACAUUCCCUCCUCGAACUCGUCCAGUCCGAACGGUUCUAGUAACGGAACCAGCGAAGGAGACAGCUUCUCCCGGGACGUUCAGGCCUUCGUGCAGAUGCUGGAGAAAGAGAAACGCCCCCUGCUAACAAAUAACUCAGAACUAGACGGCCUUAUGAUUAAAGCACUGCAAGUGCUCCGAAUACAUUUGCUCGAGCUGGAAAAGGUACAGGAGCUAUGUCGGGACUUUUGUACGCGUUACAUUGCCUGUUUACGCGGGAAAAUGCAAUCGGAGAAUUUGCUUCGGUCGGACUACGCACUGGAGCACAACAACAACCUGUCCAACUCGAACAGUCCCAUCAACAGUCCGGAACAGGAUCUGUCCGGGAGCGCUCAAGGAUACUACCAGAAUCCCGACUACCUGUCGGCACCCGACACCAGUGAAUACAGCAAUAUGCAAGCAGGACAGUACAAUCAGAUGCUGAUACCGCCGAGGCCCACUGUCCGCGAACAUGUUCCGAAUGACACACACAAUCCUAACAGCACAACACCUUUCAUGCCACUGACAACGGAUCUAUCGCAACCUGGAUUCUCAUCUCAUCAUCAAAACAUUCACCACCAACACCACCCUCAACAAAAUCACCACCAAAAUCACCACCACCAUCCUCCAUCCCAACACCAAGUUCCUCCUAGUGCCACCGCCCCCGUAAGUCAUGUGGCCAUCCCACCACAACAACCCCCACUAUCGGAUGUGUUCGCCGACGAUCAGCUGUCACUCAGUGGUAGCUCCGAAGAGCUGGAUGACUCCGAACAGGACACCACCGUCGGCGACAAACCGGGCCGCAGUAAACAAUCAAAACGAGGCAUUUUGCCCAAGCAUGCUACCAGCGUAAUGCGCGCUUGGUUAUUUCAGCAUCUUUUCCAUCCCUAUCCUACUGAGGACGAGAAACGAGCAAUAGCUGCCCAAACCAAUCUCACGCUGUUGCAAGUCAAUAACUGGUUCAUCAAUGCUCGGCGCCGGAUCCUACAACCGAUGCUAGAACACAUUUCCGACAAUUCUGGUCAAGGACCACCAUCACCUACGUCAUCCCAAGCGUCCUCGACUGUCGACCAGGCAGCCCAAUCUACUAUCAGCAAGCGCUAUUGGACCGAGAGUUCCCAAAUCGCCAGACAGUUACCAAUACAAUUAGCUACCAACAUUGAGAAUAUUAGUCCUGCCAACGUUAGUCAAGCGGCCGGUUCGGAACGCUUUCUGUUUUCCGCUUCCCAAACGUUGAUCCCUGCCGACGGUUAUUAUCAUUUGAACGGACAGCCCCAGCAACAUCCUCAGCAGCAUUACCAGCACCUAAUGAGCUCGGCCAAUGAAUCGCGUUGGUGAUAGCUAAUCCCUUCGAACUUAACCUCAAAACCUGCAACCGAUGUAUACUGAGAGCAACCAACGAAUGCCAUACGAAUUCUAGUUUAAAACAUUGAUUUUUUUUUAAUGUUUAAGUUUUUUUUAGAGGAUAAGAAUUUGUAUUAUUAUUAUCUGUUUUUCGCUUCGCGAAUCAAACCGAGGUCAUUUGGUAAUCGUAACAUUCUCUGGAAGUUCAAGGCCAGUGGGAGACUCAUUUGCUGUAAUGAACAAAGUAUCGCAUGGUUUUUGACAAACUUGGACCGUCUAAAAAUAUAAAAUAGGCAAAAAAUGUACGUGGCUAAUUUCGGCAAUUUCACUCGUUUGAAUGGACCUAAUCUGGAUAAUCGCAGUUCUUCUCGAUAUCUGAAAAAAAAGAUUUCAUUUGCUCGGAAGACCGCACUCGUAUGCAGCUACUUUGUUAUUGACCAGGACCGAUAGAUUUAUCAGAAUGAUUUUUCAAGCAACAUGCUUGGAACUGAAUCGCUCCGUUACAUUAGGCAAACUUUCAUUGAUCCCUGUACGAUAAACGAUUCCGAACCCGUCUCCGUCCGCACGCGGAACUACUUGGGACGGGAAGAAUUGUUCCAGCUAGAAAUCGAAAAAUUCCCAGUAUGACCCAAACGAAAUGUUGAAUAGAACAGCUAGGUAGGAGAAAUAGGCACAAUUCCAACCAGUAAGCGAGGCAGUUUUGGCAAUUUUGUUAGCUUUUUUACGCGCUUACAUUGUAUCAAUUUUGGGUAAAACACUAUUUUGUGCUACUAAGUAGCUACUAGUAAGCGUGUACAUUGUAUCUGACAUGUCGUUUGCUUGUUUGGAACAAAGCUUUCAUCACCCUGGACUGUUAGAUCUUCUUCGGAUCCGCGGAAGUAAUUUCCAGAAAUCGGCAUUUUUCUACGAAAAUAGAGUAGUUGAAUCUAACUAUAACUGCGGCCCAUUUCAAAGUAGGACGGAUGGAAAAUUAUUUGGGUUUAUUUCGCACUGAAAAUCAAAUGCUAUCAAGUAAUAUAAUAAUUGCAAUAAAUGGCCGGCUCAAGGUUCAUUAUUGGUGUAGGCAAAUUUUGUUGUGAAUCAUCCGUAACCUUUACCUAAUUGAUCGUUCCGCGAAAGGUCAUAACUCAUGGAAAUGAUUCUUUUUAAUCGGAAUACUUAACGUCUACCUUCCACGUGCUAGAAAUUCCAUUUGCCAAAAUCGCACAUUUCAGUUGGCACCAGAUAAAAUUUUUAAAUAUCUUCAGGCAGGUCUGUAUAUCCGAAAAAAAAUCAGCAGUUAGCAAGUAUGUCUUCAUUUCUCUAUAAAGUAUGAUACGCUAAACUGACUCGGCGAGCAAAAAAAAGUUCAAAAGUCUGUAAAGUUUGACGAAAGUCUGCGAAAAACUAAAUUUUCAAAGCUCUGCACAACAAAAAAAGUCUGCAGCACUAUGUAUGAGAUCCGCAGAUUUACAGACAAAUCUGUAGAUCUGGCAUCUCCUGCUUGGCACGUUCAAAAGAUUCAAGAAAAAGAAAAAGGCUUUUGGGUAAUGUCAGACAUAACUGGAUGUCGUGAAUACGAAAACAACUGACAAGUUCCUUAACACUUCCGAAUAUCAAUUAGUUGAUCAAUUGUAUGAAUUAUGCAAGCAUUCCCCUUUUUCACAUUUUUCGCAAAAAACAAAGAAGGCUUCACUUGAUCUCGAUUACUGUGAAUUUCACACAGCGAAAAGUGCAAAAAUCAACUCAAACAGUUCUAGAUUUGCACUAAACUGAGGAUAUUUACCUUCGAUUUGCGAGCAAGUAAUCUUAAUAGUUCUUUAGAAAACUUUUAGAGCCAUUAGAACGGCUGAUUUCGUGUAAUGCUCUCCACCGUUGCUUUUUCAUCCAUGCAAAUGACUGGCAGCUGUGACGUAAUCGCUCUUGUCGGUAGCGAAACUAGCUUUGCAAACAGCACAAAAUACAUCUGCUCGCAUUGGCGAUAGAAUCCAAACUGAUUGAAUUUUUGUUAGGAGCUUUCUUCUACGUGAUUUCGUUUGUAGCUUUUUCACUAAUGGACGGUCCUAACGGCUAUAAAAAUAGCCGCAUACAGAAUUUUUAUGUUGAUUAUUUCAUUUCGGAUUUGCAUAAUUUAUUAAAAGAAACUAUCAAUAUGCUGUAGGGAUUCGUCUCUAGCAUUCAGAAGGACCAAAUUGAGGAACUCACUACGAUAUUCACCACUUUUCGGAACAUUUUUCUCGAACGAUUUGUUGUACAGCAGCAGAUAUUUUGCUCUCUUCCUCAGGACGCGUUCUGAUUGGCUGGUGUUGACAUGGGUCAAAUGAGACAGGUUUUUCAAUAGUGUACUAUUGAAAUACUUCAAUGCUUUUUCUAUACACGUUUAAGUUGAAAAUUUUCGAUUCUAUUGGUAGUUAGAUUAUAUAAAUCCUUUCACAGAUCCAUGAGCUAUGAGCUUUCAAAAUACGAGAAAGGCAAACGUGCCUUAUGAAUUAUCCUCUUUGAUAAUCGUUUAUACCAAACAUUUCAGAAAAGUUUAAUUUUGAACUAUUUGAGAUCAUGUCACACAACUGAAAAUUUAAUCAUAAAAUUGUGAUCAUAUUUCCGAUGGAAUGUAGAAAAAAUUAUGUUUAUUCGUUAGAUACAACAAGAGAUAUUCACGAUCAAAAACUUAUCACUCUCUCAGAGGGUAAAUUUUGAAACGGCACCCCAUAGUAAAGUAAGUCGUAUUCACGACAAAAAAAAAACAUUUUCCAAAUUUCUGAAUUUCGGCGCCCCAUUGAUCUUGGCGUCCUAGGCCUACUUCGUCUAGACCUUUAUCCGGUCCUGAUCGAGGUGUCAAAAAUAAUCAUGCUUCCGAGUAGUGAAAUUUUUACGAUUUUUUUAUCGAUUUGCUCAGAAUGCUUUCUUUCAUGAAAAAGCAAAGUGAUCAUUCUGUUUCAAAGAGACUUCGCUUUCGAUUCUUAGCUUACAUAAUCAUUGCACGAUGGUACAUGGACUGAUGGUGAGAUUUUUCCAUGUAUAAGUGUGGUUCUCAUUAUUUUUUAACAAGAAGAUGUUAGGAAGAACAAUCUAAGCUACGGUUGUCGCAGGCUGUCUAGUCACAAUUACCGAACUUAAGGGCUGAGGCCAGUAGGUCGCGUAUAACCACGUGGCUCGCUCUGCGUAUUACAUUUCUCUCCAUGUUCUCUCUUGCAUAUGUGCAAAAUUACUCUCGGUGGCCAAGGAAGUUUUGGUAUUUUCGGUUACAAGUUUGACUACAUCACGUAAAAUGCAAUUGGGCUACCGCUUAAACGCUUUAAAUUUUUACGCUACCGUCGGACCGACAGUCUCUCAUUUUUGUCAGUUUGAUUUGUUAUUUAGGAAAAUUCAAUUAAAAAGAAAGAAUCAUAUUAUUUAUUUGGAAUCGAAUUAGUGAAAAUAGAGUACAGGACCGGUAAACAUUGAAUUAAAUUUGGACAACCGACGCGGUAGCGAACAAAAUUAAUUUGAAUAGAAAUGACGUUUAUAAACAAAUGUAGCGCUAGUUUCGUGGACCAUCGCCGCCUUUGAUCAGAAAAAAAAUUGAGCGCGAAAAUUCGCCAGCAUUGCGAGUAUCGUUCUAGCAAUGCUAUUCAUUUGAUUUCUCCCAUUUCUCCUUCAUUUUGGCAGCCCAUAUCGAGCGAAGUGAAUACAAUUUCUGUCUAAAACAAUCCAAGCAAUCGUACAAAUUUGCAUUCUUCGAAAGAAUUGAAACGUCCUGGUUUAUGCGAUUAUCCGAUAUUUAAAAAAACGAAAGAAAAAGUUCAAUUUAGGUAAAACAGAAAGUACGCAUAAAUAAUUAUGAUACCGCACUAGGCUCAGAAGAAAAUGAUGAAAAUAUGAUAAUGAACUAGUGUCAAUCCCCAUUCCCUUCCUGCCAGUCAGGAUAGGUGCGGCAAGUCGGUUGGUACAGGACCGAAAAUUCAACAAAAUAAACCGAAGCAAGAAACAAAAUCGUCAUUAAUGAGGAGAAUCGCUCGCGCGUCCAGCCUGAUGACGAAACUGAAUUGAUUAAUAUUUAUUACAAAUAAUGAGGUCCCACCCUCGGCAUUACCACCGUCAACAGAAAGGGAGAGGUUCACGAAUAAACAAACAUACGUAACUCAAUUAAACCCAAAUAAACUGAAGAGCCCGGGCCGAACACAGAAACGAUUACAUGAAUAAAUAUUAUUUACAUGCCGAUUUUAUAUAUUCAAGCAAGGUGGAAGAGGUGGGGCAGCGAAAAGGCACAGUUUUUCGAAUAUAAAUUAUCGUAUUAAGCGAUAAUUGAAUGCUUAUGAUAAUGCCAAUUACCACGUGCUGGUGGAACCCUAAUCGUAAAAGAAAGGAUAAAAUCAGUAGGGCUUAUAGAUUUGUAAUCGACAUCUCACAGCAGAAGAAAAACUUUUACCAAUCGCGUAGUCAGGCCAAGCAUUCGUGUACGCUCUAAGGUGGAAGAAAAUGGAUUAUUUUCUUUGAUUUAGGAUUUAAGUUGCGCAAAAUUUUACAUCCACCAAUCUUAUGUUAACCAACAAAAAUAUUCAACAACGGAUAUACGUAAUAAAUACCAAGUGAAAAUGUAAUAGAAUGUAAAAAUUAACGAUGGAUAGAAGAACAGCAACAGCAACAGAAUUCGAGGAAGAAUUGAGCCUGUGAUAAUAGAUUUAUUUGAUUUUCAUAUCUCUUGCUAAUCAGUAACAAUAACAGCAACAGCAACAACAACAACAAUGAAAACAGUCCACUAACAUACAACCACAAAAUACGUAAAAUUCCUAUCUCUGUGUCAUAAAUAUAGAAGAGACAGAACUGCGAAGAAAGCAGAAUAUACCAACUGUAACGAAUAAGUUUAUUUAGUAGCUAAUCAAGAGGAAACCGAAUGCCAAUUGUAAUCUGAGAUGUAAACUACACAAAAACCCAAACUGCUAAAACGAAACCUGUAUACGUAAAUGAUUACUCCUUAAAAACAAAUUUAUUUUUCUAUAUUUAACACGUUUUUAGUUUAACAAUCUACCCUCAGAAUGUAUACCGAUUUAGGCUAGCGAAACGUCGGGAAAACGAGAUUUGCUCCGAGUGACCCCCUUCUGGAGCCGUUUGAGGCCGUUGAACAUACUGUACAUACACGAUUUGAUAUUCUGAACGAGAAACCUAAGCUAGUGUUAUAUUUUAUCACUACCCACACCAACGACUCUCACCACUACCACCAGUGUCAGUAAAGGGUAGAAUAUCUUCCCGGGUGACAGUUUUGCCCCGUUGGUCGCGUGACAGCAGUAUCGAAGCAAGCCAAAAAGAUUGUUCCUCGCUGAUUGUAGCGGCUCUCUCCGGCCACCUCAAGUACAUUAAUCAUAGCGGAAGUAGUAGGCGUUGAUUGCUAUUUAAUUGCUGUUGCUCCAGUGGUUAGAGAAGCCUUCGAUUGCGCCCAAAAGUAUGGCAAUACACUGUCAUGUAUGAAGUAGUCAAUCACUUUAAUUUACACAAAAAAAAGAAAUCGCUUGUUUUUCAAAAAAAAAAAUCAAAUUAAAAUUUUCUAAUAACUAUCACAAAAA